AUGGCGGAGUCCGAGUCUCUGGACGCGUUCGCAGGGAGGCUCGGUGGCAUGGCGGCGCGCUACGCGGCGUUGGGCUCAACCCUGGAGGAUGCAGCGCUCGUCAAGAAGUUGCUUGACUUGGUGCCGAACCGUCUGUACGCGGCGGUGGCCGGCAUCGAGCAGUUCUGUGACGUCGGCUCGAUGUUGUUCGAGGACGCGCUGGGGCGGCUGAAGGCGUUUGACGAACGGCUGCGGCGACGUGAUCAGGCAGGCGGUGAGCGAGCUGAUGGCGAGCUACUAUACACAACGGCGCAAUGGAGGGCGCGGGAGCGGCGUCACGGCGGAGCUCGAGACGACGACGACGGGGCGCGUAGCGAGGCGUCAGGCUUCGGCAGCCCCAGGAAGGGCAGGUGCUACAAGUGCGGCGAGCGGGGUCACUUCAAACAUGACUGCCCGCAGUGGAAGAAGGCGCCGGCGCCGGAGCGUGCACUGCUGGUCGACGGCGACGUCGAGGACGGUGGGCUGCUCUGA